GAGGAGGGUUCCCCUUUCUCCGAAUCCUCGCCAGCAUGUGUUGUUGUCUGUCUUUUGGAUGGUGGCAAUCCUUACUGGUGUGAGGUGAUAUCUCAUUGUGGUUUUAAUUUGCAUUUCUCUGAUGACUAGCAAUGUGGAGCAUCUUUUCACGUGUCUGUUGGCCAUCUGAAUUUCUUAUUUGGAGAACUGUCUGUUCAGCUCCUCUGCCCAUUUUUUAAUUGGAUUAUUUGCUUUUUGUUUGUUGAGGUGUGUGAGCUCUUUAUACAUUGUUGAUGUCAACCCUUUAUUAGAUCUGUCAUUUAUGAAUAUAUUCUCCCAUUCUAUAGGAUGCCUUUUUGUUCUAUUGAUGGUGUCUUUCCCUGUACAGAAGCUUUUCAGCUUGAUAUAGUCCUAUUUGUUCAUUUUUGCUUUCGUUUCCCUUGCUGGGGGAGAUACGUUCAUGAAGAAGUCACUCAUGUUCAUGUCCAAGAGAUUUUUGCUUAUGUUUAUUCUAAGAGUUUUAUGGUUUCAUGGCUUACAUGCAGGUCUUUGAUCCAUUUCAAAUAUACUUUUGUGUAUAGGGUUAGACAAUGAUCCUCAUUUCCUCCUCUUUUGCAGCCACCACCUCGGACUUUGGAGCUACGACCCAGACCAACAGCAGCGGUGGCAGCACACCCUCAUCACACGUCACAUCUGGGGUGUCAGCAGGCCCCGCUGCCAGUGGGGACUUUGGGAUGAGCAUGUCAGCCCCCCACAGCAGCUCCACCACUAGUGCAUUCAACUUUGUGGCAGGACGGAGUGGGAGAACUGGUGGCACGGCCCAUUUCUGGGGAUGCCUGAGUGAGAACUCCCUUGGUGCAGCUGGCCAGAGCACACUGUUUGCCAUCUACGUGGCCAGCACACCUCAGAACACGUCUGUGCUUGCAGCCAUCACCUCGGCCUUUGCAGCUAUGACUCUGACCACCAGCAGUGGGAGCAGUAGGUCAGUGGUUGGCAGCACUACUUUAUCGCCGAUCACGUCCAGGGUGUCAGCAGGUCCCGCUGGCAGUGGGGGUUUUGUGAUCAGCAUGGCUGCCCCCGACAGCAACUCCACCACUGGGUCAUUCGGAUUUGGGUCAGGAUGGAGUCAGAGAACUGGUCUCAAGAACCCUUUCUGGGGCGCCUUGAAUCAGAACUCCCUGGGUGCAGCUGGCCAGAGCACACCCUCUCCCAUCCACGUGGCCAGCACACCUCAGGACACAUCUGGGAUUGCAGCCAUCACCUUGGGCUUUGGAGCUAUGACCCAGACCACCAGCAGUGGGACCAGUAAUUCAGUGUUUGGCAGCACUACCUCAUCGCCCUUCAUGUCUGGUGUGUCAGCGGGCCCUUCUCACAGUGGGGGCUUUGGGUUGAGCGUGGCUGCCCCCCACAGCAGCUCCACCACUGGGGCGUUCGGCUUUGGGGAGGACAGAGUGGGAGCACUGGUGGCACGACCCCUUUCUGGGGUGGCUUGAUUAAGAACUCUCUGGGUGCAGCUGGCCAGAGCACACCCUUUGCCUUCCAUGUGGCCAGCAUGCCUCAGAACACGUCUGUGUUUGCACAUCAGAUUUAGAAUGGGCUCGGUGCCGGAGUCCAGCUCCAGCUGACAUGUGGGUCACGAAGGAAAGAACAGCGUCAGCGAGUGAGAUCAAUGAGGAGACGAAACACCCAAUUAAAGUUGUAACAUCUCCUGACAUCAAGCAGCAGGGUCUUUAUUUUUGUAUCUACGGUUUACAUAAUGUUGAACAUUUUUUAAAAUUAUGAAUAAUACAAUCCUUUUUCUGUCAGUUUACAUAAUUUCAGCUUAUUACCCUUAAUUAAAUAUCAUUAUUUCUUCUAAUAGUAGCCAUUUAACAUUUAAUUUUUAACUUUCCCCUAGUCUAUUGUGAUUAGUAAUUCAUGUAAGCUACAUGCUAGGUGCUAAACAGAAAAUGGCGUAAGACAGCAUGUGGGUUAAGCGUGUGGGCUAUGAUUUUUACUUUAAGUGUGUAAGAUUAUAUAGACUUUUAGAUAUGUGUCUAAGGUAUGCGUCUAAGGCUAUAUAAAGUUAAACAGGUUAUAUAAAAUGCAAGCUAUAUGUCUUUUGGUUAUUAAGUGUAGCUAUAUUAUUAAUUAAAUCCUAUCCAACACAUGUGGGUUGAAACUUACAUCUAAAAUCUAGGGAUAGUACUCCUAUCACCCAUUCCUUAACAUUCCUAUGAUAAUAAUGUAAAGUUAUGCUCUUUAUAAUCUGGCACCAGCAGUUCUCAAAGUGGCCUGUGAACCCUGGGGAACUCCAUGACACUUUCAAGGGACACACUGAGGUCAAAAUCAUUCUCACCAAAUUCUAUGGUGUUACUCUCCCUUUUCACUCUCACUCUCUCAAGACUAGGAGUGGAGUUUACUAAUAGGUGUGACAGUUCAACAAAUUAGAUACAGAAGCAGGUAAGAAUCCAGCUGUCUUCGAUUAAGGCAGGCACUGAAGAGAUUCCCAAGUAUGGAAGGAUGCCACUCUUCUUACUAAAUUGGUUUUGGUACACAUGGCUAUUUUUCAACAAAAAUGCCUUCAUAUUUAUUUUUAACUGAAUUUAUAAGUAUUUUUUAAAUGUCUCAGUUUUAAUUUCCCAUACAGUAAAUGCCAUUUAUAUAUAUAGCUGACAGAAAGAAAAGCUCUUUGGGUCAGCUUGAGAACCAUAGGAGCAGAAAUUAAAUUUUAAUACAGUAUUUAUUCUGAGUCAUAUCUACAUGUACAUUAUUUUAAAUAAGAAGAUACUGGCUUGGGGUUGGAGAGAGAGGGAAAUGAUCCAAUUUCCUCAGGUAACUGAGUUUUUGUACAAAAAGCAAACUUCAAGCUUCAGCACAAAUAAUCCAAUCCAUCAAUGAACUAAAUCAUAGA